UUAAUAAUAUCUAAAAUACCUUUUUUUUUAUUUGCUAGUUGCUACCUUUUAAAUACUUGUAUUUUCAUUUAAAAAAAAUGAUUUUUCCACUUUCUUGAUGAAGAGCCUUCUUCUAUUUGACCACGCGUCCACGCGCCACUUCUUCUUCUUCUUCCUCAUCAAAUUACUCCCCCUCACUAAUGGGACUUGGUCUUUGGUCCUAAUCACACUCUGUCAGAACCGCGUAAUUUCCUUUUCUUUGAUUCUUUCUCAAAUCCCAUCUCCCUUAAAAACUGUCCUAAAUUCAUCACACAAAUUAUUUAGUACAAUCAUCAAAGAAUCAAUAAUUAUUUCUUCUUCUUCUUUCAUAACCACCAUGAAAACACAUUCUUGCAGCAGAAAAUUUCCAUGGCUAUCCAGUCUGUAAAUUCUACCCUUUUUGCCCUUCUCAUCAUUUCAAUUUUCCCAUUCACCCACUCACUUUCGACCGUUGCAAUAUCUGAAACUGGCAACCAAACCCUAGUGUGUGCAAUAACACAUUCUGCUGCCAAUAACCAGACACCAUCUUCUUUCCUUAACUGCACAGGUUAUCCUCAAAGAAUUCAAAUUCCACUCAAUCCUCAACUGAAUUCAGUUUCUGGGGUUGUGGGUGGAAAUGGUUUCAUCUGUGCAUUAACCUCGUCCCACCCUUCUUCCACCUCUGUCAUGGUUUGCUGGAGAUUUUCAGACAUUAACAGCAACAUGACUUACACAAGACUCUAUAAAGGUCCAAUCUUGACAGAUUUAGCCUCCGGGAACUCUCGAAUUUGCGGUCUAGUCAACAGCUCCACCUCCCUCCAAUGCUGGCCAUGGAAAGAUUCCAACUUUACUGAUGCUGCUGCUAAUACUUUCUCAUCAAGUCUCGCCGUCGGGGAGAAUUCGUUGUGCGGGUUGUCCGAAUUCGGACAAGUCCGAUGUUUCGGAAGUGACAGAAAUGUCACUGAUUUUGUGCCUGAUGGAAGAUUCAGUCUGGUUGAAGCGGGUUUUCGACAUGCCUGUGCUAUUUCAACCAAUGGCAGUUUGGAUUGUUGGGGAAAUAUGGAAGGUGAAAGGCCACAGGGUGAGUUCACAUCACUUGCAUUGGGUGAAAAUCGAAGUUGCGCGAUCAGGCGGAUUAACGGGACUGUAAUUUGCUGGGGAGAAAACGGAUUCGAUUUGCCUCAAUUGUUGAGGAACGAGUCUUUUAUUUCCAUCAAAGCAAAAAGAAGGGUUUUCUGUGGGGUGGAAACUUCGAAUUUUACACUGUUUUGCUGGGGAAAUGAGGGUUUCGAUUCGAAUCCGAAAGUGCUCGAUGAUGUAAUCCCAGGUCCUUGUAGAAGUAGAGAAAAGUGUGCUUGUGGUCCUUUACCGAAUUCCGGUGGAUAUUGUGAUCAGGGACUAAUGAUAUGUGAAAAUUGUCCGGCCCAUUCGCCAAGUCUACCACCACCGCCGCCACAAUCACCACCACCGCCAGCACCACCAUCUUCAGCAACCAUUAGUGGUGGUGGCAAGAAAUGGAGUAGUAAAAUGGUGGCCUUUGUGGUGGUCGGUUCCGUUGGAUCCUUCUCAUUCUUAUUAGCCCUGUCUAUAUUCUUGUUUUUGCGGUACAUCAAAAUCCGAGGAAGCAGAAUCCACGAUUCGGGCAGGUUGGAAGAGGGGGGCCCACCCCCAUCUCAAUCGAACAGUCGCCAAGCAUCUGCGUCUCAACCAAUCCCACCACCAUUGCUUAGGAAGCUCAGCCAUUUAAUCAGCAUGGGAAAUGGGGGCCACUUAGAGGAGUUCCCUUUAGAAAAAUUACUGAAAGCCACAGAGAACUUCUCAGAGGAGAACAAAAUCGGCAAUGGCAGCUUCGGAUCGGUCUACCUCGCCACCCUGGACGACGGCCGCAAGGUGGCGGUCAAACGAGCCGAAAAUUCCUCCACCUCAUCCUAUGUGGGCCCCACCAAACGGGGUGGCCAAGAGGAAAAAGACCUCGCCUUCGCAAACGAGCUCGAGUUUCUGUCUAGGCUAAACCACAAGAACCUCGUUCGGUUAUUGGGCUACUGCGAAGACUCAAAUGAGCUUAUCCUGGUUUACGAGUACUUGGAAAACGGGACCCUCUUUGACCACCUCCACAAGAAUCUCGAUAACUCCCCAUUGUCAUCCUGGCCAAUGAGAAUCAAGCUGGCACUGGAUGCAGCAAGAGGGAUAGAGUACCUCCACGAGUACGCGGUGCCACAUGUCAUUCACAGAGACAUCAAGUCAUCCAAUGUAUUGAUCGACUCCACGUGGACCGCCAGGGUGGCGGACUUCGGGCUUUCUUUGAUGGGCCCGCACGAGGAGGAGGGACAUCUGUCACUGCGUGCUGCGGGGACCAUGGGGUACAUGGACCCAGAGUACUACAGGCUGCAGAUACUUACAACUAAGAGCGACGUGUAUAGUUUCGGAAUAGUGCUGCUCGAGUUGCUUUCGGGUCUUAGGGCAAUUCACAAGAACGAGAAUGGUGUACCGAGGAAUGUGGUGGACUACGUUGUACCGUAUAUAGUUAAGGAUGAUAUUCAUAGGGUUUUAGACACGCGGGUCCCGCCUCCGACUCCGUUUGAAAUCGAGGCGGUGGCUUAUGUAGGGUAUUUGGCGGCGGACUGUGUGAGUUUAGAGGGGAAAGAUAGGCCUUCAAUGAGUGAAGUUGUGAAUAGCUUGGAUAGAGCAUUGGUAGCCUGUUUGGCGCCACCUGUCUUGUCUAGAUCCACCACUGCCUCGUCAGCAUCAUUGUAAUAAACUUUAACAGAGGAAGAACUCACAAAAGAUUAAAGUUCCAUUUAUACAGAGGAGCACAUUUUGUACAUACAAUUGAGCCACAAAAGGGAUCAGAUUCUUGAAUUUUUUUAACUUUUACUUCAAUUUUUUGUUCAAUUGAUUCUAAUUUCUAAGACAGAUUUUGUUGUUCUUUA